AUGAGCGCAAAAGGAUUACUAGAAGCUUUAAAAGAACAUGACUUAGUACAGUACUAUCCGAAGUUUAUGCAACAGAAUAUAGUUUCUUUGAACAAACUAGCUCGUUUGCCUGAAACAGACUAUAUCAAACUGGGUGUAUUGGGAAAAGAUAAAUCCAAGUUAGAAGCUCUAGCAAGACAAUACAACAUUCACGAUAAUAAAAAAGCACAAGCGACCUCCCCCAAAAGAGCAGCCCAACAAUCAUUGAACAAACCUUCUAACCUUAACAACACUACCAUAACAACUACCACCCUAACGACAAUACCUGCACACAGUAACAAGCGACCAUAUGUGAAGUCACCUCCAAGAAACACCACUGACCGUAGCAAAAGAAGAAUGACUAUUGCGCCUCAAACAGUUAUACCUCGUACAUUACCAACUCCUUCUGUGCAAAGCAAUGAUACAAAUUUUACAAAUACCAACUAUGGUAAUGCUACGCCAAACCCGCGACGACUCUCUCAAAUGCCAACGUCGUUCACUACCAUUUCAUCCCGUAAACAAGCAAUAAUUAAGUCACCUGUACGACAGAAUCAACCUACUUCUGCCUCUUUUCCGUCAUCUAGUGCAAUUCCUGCUACACCGAAACGCUUAACAACAAGCCCUAAAAGAUAUAAUGCACCAACUUCACACUCUCCGCAACAAAUUCGUUCGGGCCCCAGGCCAGCUGCUGCCACAGCAACCUUUAAUAAGGCAAGGGCAACAGGAACAACCGUAAUAGCAACUAAUGACAAUGUUACCAAUAUAAAUGAAAACAUUCCGUCAACAAGGUUAUUAGAUACAUACGGCAUACCUAUUCCGGCGCAAAAGCAAAAAUACUCGAGUGUAACCUCAACAAACCCAAUCAGCUCAAAUACGAACAACAGUAAUAACAAAAACAAACAUAAUGAUACCAGUAUUAAUUAUCAGCGAAAGCAGCAACAAUCUAGCCCUAUUAGAAUGAACAACAAUAAUCAUAUGUUGUUUAGUUCAACCUUAAACCCUGAAUUGAAUCAACGUAUCCGUGUUUGUGUUCGAAAAAGGCCUCUCAACAAAAAGGAAAUUAACAAUCAAGAAACCGAUAUUACUUCUCUGAUAGGCAACCGUACCAUUCAAAUACAUGCACCAAGAACUAAAAUUGAUCUCACGCCGUUUACAGAAACGCACUCUUUCACUUUCGAUGAUACAUUCGAUGCGAGCACUACGAACGAAGAAAUUUAUGCCCGCACAGCAAAGCCUUUGGUUGAAUAUGUGUUUACAGGGGGAAAGGCGACUUGUUUCGCUCAUGGACAGACGGGCUCCGGGAAAACGUACACGAUGCUUGACCCUGAACAUGGCUUGUACGUUUUGGCUGCCCAAGAUAUUUUUCAUUUUCUUGAACAGCCCGAAUACCGCCAUUUAACAACAAGUAUUGGAUUUUAUGAGAUAUACCAAGGGCAACUGUUCGAUUUAUUGAAUAAAAAAACAAAACUGAACGCACGAGAAGACGGAAAUGGCAACGUAGUGAUCGCUGGAUUGAAGGAAUAUACCAUAGAAAAUGUAGAUCAGUUAAUGCAAGUGUUUGAUUAUGGCAAUGCAAGUAGAACAACUGGUAAAACUGGAGCAAAUAACACUUCUUCGCGGUCUCACGCCGUUCUGCAAAUUUGUUUACGAUAUAAAGCAUCUUCAACGCUCAAUAAAACAGCUAUAAGCACAACGGCAGCAGCAACAACAACGACUUCGUCAGCUUCUUCAAAAAUAUAUGGUAAAUUGAUAUUUAUUGAUUUGGCAGGAAGCGAACGAGGACAGGACCGAGGGGAAGCUAAUACCCAGACAAGAAUGGAAGGCGCAGAGAUCAACAAAAGUCUUUUGGCCUUGAAAGAAUGCAUUCGAGCACUAGAUCAGAAUAAAUCUCACACACCUUUCAGAGGAAGCAAAUUAACUCAGGUUUUACGUGAUUCUUUCACUGGUGAUUCGCGAACUUGCAUGAUUGCAACCAUUUCACCUAAUAUUUCUAAUAGCGAGCAUACAUUAAAUACACUUCGCUAUGCAGAUAGAGUAAAGCAACUCAGAGGAGAAUCUGACCCACGAUUGUUAAAUAGCGACUAUAAUUACAAUAUGACAGCAAGUUCAACAAAUACAUUAAGCAUAAAAAAGGAACAGCAGCCACCGUCGCUUGCUUUGAUACAACAAAAUGCGGAGGAUGAAGAAAUGAGAGCAGUCGGAUUAGAAGAUUUUGAAGAUAAUGAGGAGAUGGAUGAUACAAGAACCGACUACCUUGAUAACUAUGACAACCGCAGUCUUGCUGCUAGUUCUGAUAUUUGGGAAGAUGCCGGCGUAUCCGAAAAUCUUUUUGAAGUGGAUUUUCCAGUUUCUCAAACAGCCUUGACGACACCAAACAAUGAGUCUAAUCGGCAUUAUAGUGUAGAUAUCAUUGAACCUCCACCAACGACUCCGCGUCGAAAAGCCAAGUAUAUGAAACGGUUAGAGUCCCCACCGGAAGAAGUCUUUCAACAAGAAUUGGAUGCAAAGUUCUUUACGCCUCCCUUAGGGCCUGUCGAUGAUACUGAUGACAUGGAUGACAUACCAUCUAUUUCUGCUGGAGACACAAUAACGACGAUAUCGAUGCAGUCAGCGAAUACAAACAAGCGAGAAUAUCAGUCGACAACACCUACGUCUCCAUCAAAAACAGUGCCGCCAUUGAAAAGAGCUAAACUGGAUCAGUUGAGUCCAGACCGUUCACAAUCACAAGACGUAAAUAAUGAUUCAAUAAUAGGCUUAACCGGUAUCAAGAAGUUUCUCAACUUACAUAAGAUGCAAAUGAGGGGCUUAGAUGAGUGUUUACGAAGAGAAAGGGAAAUGGCAGAACAAUUAGAAAGUUUGAUAUCCAAAGCUGGUAGUAGUAAAAAAGAAGGAGACGAAAUGGGCAUUAAUGAAGAGAUUAAAGAGGCUUAUGAGGAUUAUCUGAACGACUUGGCGAAUUUAACUGAUACAAAAUAUGCUUUACUGGAUGCACUGUCUCAGGAACUCAAGAGUAGAAGAAAUGGACAACGGUUAAAUAAUCACUAUCAAUAA